UCUAGGCAGCCCAGAUUGCCCACCUCGAGUGCCGUGCGUGGUUUUUUGAAAAAGUUUUCUUUGCCAGGUUCCGGAACUGAUCCUCUCGUCUUUUUCAGCAGCCAUCAUGACGAGCUCAGACAGGUUCUGCUCGAGGAGCUUCAGUCUCACCCGUUCAAGGUGGUUUUAGUUUUGAGGGUGGAGAUGACACAAGAGUCGGCCACGGGUAGUACGUCUGCCGUCCCGUUUUUUAGAAGUAGACCGGCUCGGAUCCUCAGCGAAGGGGACAUUGAUAGUGCAGUCAAGACGAUGGUGGCGAGGAUCACUGGUCUUAUUGAUAAGUGGGUGCAGAACGGAUCCGACUGGAUCGUUUCUCGAGUGAAACAGCUGGAUGUGUCCACAGCAAAAUACACUCCUCUUCGAGGUGGUGCAGCUGAUAUCCCGCCCAAAUUAGAAAAAAAGAAGGCCAUCAUUAACGUAAAGAACAACGAUGACAGAUGUUUGAUGUGGGCGUUGUUGUCAGCGCUGCACCCCGUCGACUACAACCCACAGCGUGUAUCCAAGUACACCCAGUACGUUGAGGAGCUGCGGUUCGACGGUGUGAUGUUCCCUGCAACUCUCAGUGAUGUACCCAAAGUGGAGUUACAGAAUGGUCUUGCAAUCAAUGUGUUUGGCUACGAGGGGAAUCUGUACCCACUCUAUCUCAGCGAGCGACAGGAGACUCCCAUCAACCUCCUUCUUCAUGACAACCACUUCACAUGGAUAAAAAACUUCAGUCGUGCAUGUGAGAAUAAGAACAGACACGCAACACACUACUGCUUGCGAUGCCUCUCCGCACACAAAACAGCAGACUCCCUGCAGCAUCACAGCGAGAGAUGUCAGGUGAUGAAGCCCGUGCCAGUAGUCAUGCCCACAGCAAAGGACAGCAUCCUCAAAUAUACAAAUUUGAAGCACAGGAUGGUGGCUCCAUAUAUCAUUUACGCUGAUACGGAGGCCAUCAUUGAGCCGAUGGAGGAACAGCAUGGCAGCAGCACUGUACGCACAGCACGUCAUGUACCAUGCAGCAUCAGAUAUGCUGCCAUCCGAUCCAACGGUGAAGUCCGUGGUGAGUUUGACGACUGCAGUUAG